UCCUUCUUUCCUUAUUUUCCGAAUCGCGAAAUUGUGGGUGUGCGCUGGUCGCAUCCCUUUAAUGACUUAAAAAUUUUUCAGAAAAAAAAAUGAAAAAAAGUAAUGAUUUAAAAAUAACUCAAGCACUCUUCCGAUUAGUUUAUUCUUUGGCUAAAAUCUGAAUUCAUUAAUUAAAUCUACUUAAUCAUGAAUAUAAGAUUUUGUAAAAGAUCAUAUCUUCCUUGGCAUUUUAUCCUAUCAAGAUGGUCAUCAGUUUAUACUAAACUAUGUUGUUUUUCUGAGACUGUGCAACAUGGCAGACAUUGUGAUUUUCUGAAUAAACAUAUAAAUCUAAGCAGCAAUGUAAAACAUGCUCUACACUGUGCAUUAUUUAUAACCCUGCUUUUCGUUUUUGAGAUUUUUGCUGGUGGAUUAUGCUUUGGGUCCUGUGAUACUAAUUAUCCAGAUCCAUUUGAAAAAUAUGGUUAUAUUCCUGCCAUCUUUUUAUACUUAUUACGUUUCUUAACUCUUCUUGCAUUACCACAAUGCCUCUGUAACUGUUUUGGACUUUUAUUUUUUAACGCUUUUCCAGAUAAAGUACAACUUAAAGGAUCACCUCUCUUGGCACCAUUUAUUUCAAUCCGUGUUGUCACACGAGGUGACUUUCCAGAACUAGUGAAAAACAAUGUAAAUCGUAAUAUGAAUACAUGCCUUGAUGUGGGUCUAGAAAAUUUUCUGUUUGAAAUCGUUACAGACAAGCCACUUAAUUUACCUAGGCAUCCCAGAAUUCGUGAAAUUGUUGUUCCAUCUACUUAUAGAACUAAAUCAGGUGCAUUGUUUAAAGCCAGAGCUCUACAGUAUUGCUUAGAAGAUGAUGUUAAUGUCUUAAGUGAUUCAGAUUGGAUUGUUCAUUUGGACGAAGAAACAAUUUUAACCGAAAAUUCUUUAAAGGGAAUAAUAAAUUUUGUCCUGGAUGGAAAAUACCAAUUUGGUCAAGGUAUGAUUACUUACGCAAAUGAAAAUGUUGUAAAUUGGAUGACAACCCUGGCAGACAGUUUCAGAGUAGCUGAUGACAUGGGAAAGCUAAGAUUCCAGUUUCAGAUUUUCCACAGGCCUUUAUUUAGUUGGAAAGGAUCAUAUGUUGUUACUCAAGCUGGAGCAGAACGUAAAGUAUCUUUUGAUCAUGGCUUGGAUGGAUCUGUUGCCGAAGAUUGUUUCUUCAGUAUGGUGGCAUACAAGGAAGGCUAUACUUUCAACUUCAUUGAAGGUGAAAUGUGGGAGAAAAGUCCAUUUACCUUAUGGGAUUUCCUACAACAGCGAAAAAGAUGGCUUCAGGGAAUUUUCUUAGUUGUCCACAGUCCAGCGAUACCUUUCCGAAAUAAAAGCUUUCUUGCUUGUGCACUGUAUUCCUGGGCUACUAUACCUCUCAGCACUUCUAAUAUAAUACUUGCUGGCCUCUGUCCCAUACCUUGUUGGCAAAUUAUUGAUUUUCUUUGUGCUUUUGUUGGAGCCAUGAAUAUUUAUAUGUACAUAUUUGGUGUAAUCAAAUCCUUUAGUUUAUAUCGUCUUGGAUUCUUUAAAUUCUGUUUGUGUUUAAUAGGAGCUCUUUGCACUGUUCCAAUAAACAUAGUGAUUGAAAAUAUUGCUGUGAUUUGGGGAUGUUUUGGAAAGAAACAUCGUUUUUAUGUUGUGAACAAAGAUGUUAAAUCUACUCUAACUGUAUAAUACUUAAUUUAUUGAUUCUUAGAAUAUCAUAUGUUCCACCUAUCAUGUACACAUCACUCUUAAAUUAUGAAAUCAUGUGAAAAACUUACUCAAUACUUGCAAAAUAAAAUCUUUUUAUGAGGGUGCACAUUGGUGCCUGACUUUUA